AGACAGAGGGAAAAAAAAAAAGAUUUGUGUGGUGCACACAUGCCUUUCUUUCUGCAGUACCCAGGUUUCUUGCUAGAAACCAUCGUCCCUCAUGCGCCUCAGACUACUUUGGAUUUAUCAUUCCAUACGGCUGGCUGUAGGGCAGCUGAGUUGGAUAACUGACCGUCUGUUUGCCAAGUCUCGCUUCCCUUUGUCCAAGAAUGGAUGCUUAGCGGGCAAAUUAUGCAGCCGGCCGUAGAAAGCCACUUCAGGGGAAAAUAAAGGAUGGAUCUCUUUAACGACAGCCUGAUUGACCUCAGCUCCAAUAUCUCUGCCCUCCUCUGCGAACUGGACUUGGAGAAUUACCCCAUUUUCUGCAUGAACCACCCUCCUCAGACUUUUAAAGAAUUGGACCAGACAGUACGGAUCUUCCUCUACUCGUUGAUUUUUUUGCUCAGCAUCCUGGGGAACACCCUGGUGAUCACGGUGCUGAUCAGAAACAAAAGGAUAAGGACGGUCACCAACUUCUUCCUGCUGUCGCUGGCCAUCAGCGACCUCAUGCUGUGCUUCUUCUGCAUGCCUUUCACCCUGAUCCCCAACCUCUUACAGGAUUUCAUUUUUGGCAGCUCCCUCUGCAAAAUUACCAGCUAUUUCAUGGGUGUCUCAGUGAGCGUAUCAACUUUUAGCCUAGUGGCAAUCUCUCUUGAGAGAUAUAGUGCCAUAUGCAAACCCCUGCAGUCUCGGGUCUGGCAGACCAAAACCCAUGCCUUGAAGGUAAUUGCAGCCACAUGGUGUCUGUCUUUUGUCAUCAUGACGCCAUACCCCAUUUACAGCAACCUGAUGCCUUCAGCGCUUCCUAACAGCACCGCAUCCAAGUGUCGUAUUAAUUGGCCAAGCACAAUGAUUGAGCAGUCCUGGUAUAUUUUCCAACUCCUCAUCCUUUUCCUUAUCCCGGGGAUCGUAAUGAUGAUAGCGUAUGGAUUAAUCUCCUUGGAGCUCUAUAGAGGGAUAAAAUUUGAUGUCAGCAACCAAAAACCUUCUCAAGAAAGGAAAACUAGCGGGAGCAGCAGGUACGAAGACGGGGAUGGAUGCUACUUAAAGAAGAACAAGAAGCAGCAGCAGCAGCAGAUACCCCUUCGCCAACCUUCCUCCAUCAGCUCCUGCAGCAACAAUCAGAAGAUUGACAGACCGAGGAGCAGCACUUCCUCGGCCAAUCUGAUGGCCAAGAAGCUGGUGAUCCGAAUGCUGAUUGUGAUUGUGAUCUUGUUCUUCAUCUGUUGGACGCCCAUCUUCAGCGUCAACACCUGGAGGGCAUUUGACUCCACCUCGGCUCAGCUCCUCCUCUCAGGAGCGCCUAUCUCCUUCAUCCAUUUGCUCUCCUACACCUCCGCCUGCGUGAAUCCGAUUGUCUACUGCUUCAUGAACAAGCGUUUUCGCCUGGGUUUUCUCGCAACCUUCGCUUGCUGCGCCAGACAACGCCUUCCAGCAACCCGAGCCGAGAUGGGAGAGGACGAGGAAGGAAAGACAAGUAGGGCGUCCCUUUCCAGAUAUUCUUACACCCACAUGAAUAUGGCUGUCCCGCCAUGAUUUGGAGAAAAAGAGAAGGACAUUGUAAACAUUGACACUCCCACCGUCCCCUUCGUGCAUUGAGCCCAUCUCAAAUGGUUUGGUACUUUAGGAUUUCCUGCUCGAGCAGGGAGGGUUGGACUAGAAGACCUCUAAGCUCCCUUCCCACUCUGUCAUUCUGUUAUUACUUCUACAAAGGCAGUGAUAGGACUGGGAGAUGAACAGCAUACUCAUUGAUCAAAGGUCUCCCCCGUAGGAUUCUUCUAAGGCCAGUUCAAUAAAUCCAGAGUCAUAUUGCCAUCAUCUGUGACAAAAUACCCAUAAGAGGGAGAGUAAAAUUCAUCCAUCCUUUUCUCUCCUAAUUAAUUUCGCUAUCGGGCUUCAGUGCCUUCAAAUUAACGGCAUGAAGAUAAUGGAAGGCAAACAUAAAAAAUGUAAUAGCUAUUUUUGGAAAAUAAAGAGUUUAAUGUUAGGGGAAUAAACAAUUAAGUCCCCAAGUGCCUCA